CCAAACUUCAACCCUUGGGAUCCACUUCAAAUUUUGAUCAGAAAACCGAUGUGGUGAUAAAUCGGUUUCUAACAACAUCUGUAUAAAAUUGAUGCGAUGAGUAAAGAAUCCAACUCCAAGCGGCGAACCCGCGAAAUUAGAACUCACGGAGGAGGAGCUCCUGGAAAGUCCACCCACCCUGAGCCCCCAAGAAUUACAGCUAAACAUUCCAUCGGUCACCCAAAAAAGACUUCCAUCAAGAGCCCCAGCCAGAACUCCAUAAAACCAUCGAAGAAGCCAGCUUCCAAGUGCUCCAGGACCUCCAUAAGGGACAUCGAAUCCGCAGGAGGGGAUUCGUCACAAAAUACGUGUCAAAGUGAAGGUAAAGAUCAUGGUCAAGGACAAGAGGUCAAGUUGGAGACUCGGAUUUUUACUGGGAACUCAGACCGCAUUGAACCGCACCGACACUACGGCGUCUAUUUAUUACGCAACCGCUUCGAUGCCAUACAAUUGCUCACCCGAAAUACGAGCUCCAGUACGGAUGACUACGGCGAGCAGCGGAUCACAUCGGAAUUCCGGGGAAAACGCUGUGAAUUCCGGGUGUGGUCUCCCUUUCAAUCCAAACUGGCAGCUGGAAUAAUGGGUGGUGCCAGUGAUUUGCAUUUGCGAAUUGGCUCCAAAGUGCUUUACUUGGGAGCCGGAUUUGGGCGAUCGGUAUCCCACAUCUCGGAUAUAGUGGGUGAAUCCGGAAUGGUGUAUGCCGUGGAGCAGGGUCCUUGGGCGGGACGUCAGCUGACAACACUGGCCAAUCGUCGCUCGAAUAUCGUACCCGUAGUCGAAGACGCUACCAUGCCAUAUAAGUACCGCUUCGAGGUUCCCGCCUGCAUUGACAUUAUCUUCGCUGAUCUUCCGCAUGCGGAUUUGGUUCGAUCUCUCAUGCUGAACGCCAGACACUUCCUGAACCCUGGUGGUCACUUUGUGGCCUAUUUGCAUUCGGCUAAUAAUAACGGUGUGGUCUUCAAUAAGGAUAGCUUUGCCGCCGAGAGGAAACUUUUGAAGGAGCAGCAGUUGGAACCAAUCGAAAUGGUUCUAUUGGAGCCCUUUAAGCCCGGCUACGCCCUUGUUGUGGGCGUGUAUAUACGUAAGGAUGCUGCUUUGUAGUUGUCAUUGUAUAUGCUUCAUGUUACUUAAAUCAAUCAUUAAUAAAGUUACUCUUUUCGUUG